AUGGAGAAUGAACCAAACACAACAACAUGUUCUGCAUCUACAACUACUAUCACCACCACCUCCACCUCCCGGACACAGCUGCCACAGAUCUCUGUCUACAGCGGCUCUGACAGACAUGCCGUCCAGGUUAUUCAGCAGGCCUUGCAUCGUCCUCCUAGCUCAGCUGCUCAGUACCUCCAGCAGAUGUAUGCAGCCCAACAGCAGCAUCUAAUGCUGCAGACUGCUGCUUUGCAGCAGCAGCACUUAAGCAGUACCCAAUUUCAGAGUCUGGCAACUGUACCACAGGCAAGCCUGUCAGGUGGGAGGCAAUGUACUUCCCCCACUGGGAGUGUCACUCAGCAGUCAAGCAUGUCGCAGACCUCGAUUAACCUCUCCACCUCUCCUACACCUGCACAGAUAAUAGGCCGUUCACAGACCUCCAACACCACCAGCAGCAGUAUUACCCAACAGACUAUGUUGCUGGGGAGCACCUCUCCAACCCUGAGUGCAAGCCAGGCUCAAAUGUAUCUACGAGCUCAAAUGCUUAUUUUUACUCCUGCAACCACUGUGGCUGCUGUCCAGUCUGACAUUCCUGUUGUCUCUUCAUCUUCCUCAUCAUCCUGUCAGUCUGCAGCUACUCAGGUUCAGAACUUGACAUUGCGCAGUCAGAAGUUGGGUGUGUUGUCAAGUUCACAGAAUGGCCCACCAAAGAGCAGCAAUCAAACUCAGUCAUUGUCUCUGUGCCCUAAUAAACCUGCAACCAGUUCCAAGGGCAGCCAGCCAGAUCCCUCAGAAAGCAAUAGAAAAGGCGAGAGCCCAACUCCAGAGUGCCGGAGUACACCGGUCACCCGGACAUCCAGCAUACAUCACUUAAUAACACCAGCUUCAUAUUCUCCAUUGCAACCUCAUUCUCUAGUAAAACAUCAGCAGAUCCCACUUCAUUCACCACCUCCAAAGAUUUCCCAUCAUCAGCUGAUAUUGCAACAGCAGCAGCAAGUCCAGCCAAUUGCACUCCAGACUUCUUCGGGUCAGGACCCCCCUCCAUCGCAGCACUGUUUACCACUCCCAAGCCAUGGUCUUCCUCCGGGUCCCAGCAGUGUCCCAUCUCAUUGCUCACCUAUUCACAUCCAUCCUCCACCUCUAACGCUAUCUCCUACUCCAUCCCAGUCAGCUCAGCAGUCAGUAGUGGUGUCCCCUCCACCUUCUCACUCCCCUAGUCAAUCACCCACAAUAAUUAUUCACCCUCAAGCACUUAUUCAGUCACAAGCAAACUCCCUUGUGCCAACAGCUCUUCAGCCAGAGCAGACUGCUUCUCAGCAAACCAGUACUAAUCCUGUUCGACCAAUUGCACAGCCACUUAAUCUUCCAUCACACCUUCCACUUCCAUCUUCCCCUGCUGUACACAUAGGGUCAGUUGAUCAGCCCAGUUUAGUUUCUCCAAGCCAACAGAUUGUGUCCUCAACACCACACCAGCAAUAUUCCUCCUUGCAGUCCACACCUAUCCCUCUCGCAGCUCCUCCUCAGCUGUCAGCAUCUUCAACCCAGAUUCAACAACUGCCGUUGCAGUCUGUGCAGUCUUUACAAGUGCAGCCUGAAAUUCUAUCCCAGGGCCAGGUUUUGGUUCAAAACACUUUGGUUUCUGAGGAAGAACUUCCUGCUGCAGAAGCUUUAGUCCAGCUGCCAUUUCAAACUCUUCCACCACCACAGACUGUUGCAGUAAAUCUUCAAGUGCAGCCAUCAGUACCAAUUGAAACUCCAGUGAUUUACCAAGUGGAGAAUGUAUGCGAGGAAGAGAUGCCUGAGGAAUCGGAUUGUGUCCAUAUGGCUAGAACACCUACGCCACCCACUUUGUCUCCACCAGCCAUAACCUUGGGGAAUGGAGAGGCACUUAAUUCAGAAGAUCCUUUGGCAGAACAUGGGGGACUGCCUUCAGUGACAUCAUCAGUCAGUGCCUCAGUAAUUAAAUCUCCAUCUGAUCCUUCACAUGCCUCUAUUCCACCACCACCUCUUUUGCUUCCAGCAGCAACAACAAGGAGCAACAGCACAUCAAUGCCCAACAGCAUUCCUAGCCUAGAAAAUAAACCUCCGCAGGCUAUUGUUAAACCACAGAUCCUGACCCAUGUUAUCGAAGGCUUUGUGAUUCAGGAGGGGCUAGAGCCAUUCCCUGUAAGUCGUUCAUCUUUGCUGGUAGAACAGCCUGCAGAAAAAAGAUUGGUAGUGGAAGGUCAAAUCAUGAGUGUUGUGUGUGUUGAAUCAGACUUGCAGAAUACGAAACAUGCAGACAACUCAUCAGACACAGAGAUAGAGGAUAUGAUCGCCGAAGAGGGACUGGAUGAAAUUGAAAAUGAUCUUCUGAAGUGUGAAUUUUGCGGAAAAAUGGGAUAUUCUAAUAAAUUCCUGCGGUCAAAAAGAUUCUGCUCUACGUCCUGUGCCAAAAG